AUGUUCUCUCUCUUGGCCGCCGUCGCUGCCGGAUAUGAAGCGGGCUACCAAGACUCGGCGGUUGAGCGCAACUGCUAUCGCCCAUCUGGCCAAGGAGACAUCUUCCUCUUCUCUCCCAGCAUUGGCUCCCGCUCCUCAGGAGACUCUGGCUCACUUGAAUCCUCUUCUUUCGAUGCUCUCUCAUACGCUUACAGCCCCUCCGACCCCGAAAAUGCUGUCAAGCAUCUCCUUUCACCUGCACCCCGUUCCACCGCUCGUUCAUCCACAUCUCCGUUCCCCUCUGAUUCUCGAUAUCUUGCUCAUGAAGAUGGCGCCAGUCUUCAGCACACGCCCGGGACCGCUUCGCUGCACGAGAUAUUCAACUCCUCCCCUGCAGGUUACUGGCAGCCUCACGGCCUCUCCCCGAUCUCAAGGCACUCCAGACGUGGUCGCACACCAAGUGACGAAGAUGUUGACGUCUCAGACGAACGUCCUGGCCGCAAGCUAGUUUCCUUGAUCGACUACAAGAACGCUCGUGAAGCUCUUGACAGCCCUGAGCCCACCACGCGGCCAUCUUCCCCUUCUUCUCUUUCAGCUCUCUCUUCGAUUCCAUCGUCUCCUUCAAUGCUCUUCUCUUUCUGUGCUCCGUCGUCCUCGCAGACGUCAGUUGGUAGAUCUCCUGCAAGCUCUCCAUGCAAUCGUUCGUCUGUCGUAUCUCCUCUUCAACCGUCUGGGAGACAGCCGUCACGAUCAUUGGCACUCCCGCCUCAGCCAUCGUUGGUGAAUGCUGGCCGACGUCUUGGCCCUGCAACUCGCUCUCAGAAACGCGCCCUAUCUCCAGAGCCCUCGCAUCAACCAAAUUCUCGCGUCAAGCGUGCUCGGAUUCAACCUGCAUAUUCGUCUUUCGAAAUAUCCCCUUCCCCUGCACGCGUACAAGACCAGUCGCACGAUGAGAACUAUCAGCCGUCUCUAACGCCAGCUCGCAAGAUGACACGAGAUCGCCCUCCAUCCUCUUUGGGGUAUCCCAGUGUUCGCAGAAAGCGCAUACGGAUGUCUUCUCCGGUCGCGUCUUCUUCAAAGGGUCCCAGACAAGACUCCGCAGUCAGCAACAGCGCAACUGACGCAGAAACCCCUUCCGCAUCUCGUCAACGCAACUUCCCUCUACAUAUUCCUGUCAACGGCGAUUUCCCCCUCUUCUAUAGACGAUUCCCGGCUAGUUCUGUGGUCGACAAGGAGCUCGCCAGGUAUGUGGUCCACUCAGUCCAAGAUGCUACACCCAACUCCCCUCGAUCUACACUCGACCUUUAUACGCCACGUUUCGUGAAGGGUAAAGGACCCUCCAAGGUCGGACUGUGUCCCAUUUGCCACGAGUCUGUCAAGCGAGGUGGCGAAGGCAAGCGGCAAUGGUUGUCCAUGAAGUUCUCGGCUUUCAACUACCACAUGCAAUAUGCUCAUGGUAUCUCUGCCACAACCGGCCUCCCGUUCUCCCCUCCGAUCGCCUUCCGUACUGUCACGCGCACCAAUCCGGGCAAGCACGAGAAAGCGGAGCUCCAGGAAGGAAAGUGCCACAAGUGCAAGAAGUGGGUCGCCGUCGAGGGUAUCAAGGACGUCCAGUCGAAGGUUCCGGAGAUCUUCUGGUGGAAGCAUGCCGCGGCGUGCCAUCAAGGAUCUACAAUCCUUGGGGAGUCAAACGUCUUUAUCGAGGACGUCGUCUAUGCGGCCGUCUUUGGACAGCUGGCGCGGUCGUCCGGCGACGAGAACUCGUCUGGCGAAGGUCAGGGUUGCUGA